UGAUCAACGAUGAGCAGCAAUACAAAGCCAGUGAAGGUGGUGAUCAUCGACACCAAGUACGUCGAGACCGACGAGGGAAGCUUCAAGUCUGUGGUGCAGAAAUUUACAGGCAAAGCUUCAACGGUUACGCCAUCGAAGGCCAAGAAGAUGAAGAAGAAAAUUCCAGCUCAAUCUUCCUUUUCUUCUUCGUCUAAUGAGUCGGUUCUUAUUAGAGAUUUGUCGUUCAAAGAGUUUGAUAGAUUGUUCAAGGAGAUGCCAACACUUGAUGAAUUAUAUGAUUGUAGGCAGGAUUAGUUAUGCAUAAUAUUGUUGUUAUAUGUUGUGAUAAUAUUCUUUUGUUCGUUAUUUUAUGUUUGAGAAACCAUGUAUAUAUAUAUAGCUACGUACGUAUAUUAUGUAUGAAUAUUAGUUUUCAG